GACGCACUUCAUUCAUCUCUGGAAAAUUUAUAAUAGUGAUCAACUUAGUAAUGAAGACGAGGGAGGAGUAUAGUUGAAUAAAGAUCCACGUGAUUUCGAGGUGCGUCCGAGAGCGUGAUCUUGGAUCCAAGAACCCAAAUUCACACCCAGCAGCCAUCGAAGCUGAAUCCAUAUUCCUCCAUCAAGCCCUUUUCCUUAACCCAGACAACAACCCAUCAACCCCUUCGUUACAGUGAUCCCAACAUACACACAGAACAAGUCCGAAUCUCGCUUUCAGAGAUCCAAUCGAAAAUCGCCGAAUUGAUUCAGCAUCCAGCUGAGACGCCCAAGCCUAGCGUAGUUGCUACUUGCUUCAUAACUCGCUUCUUCGCUCUUCCCCAAUCAUCACUGCAUCACUGAUUGGGAAUUUCAGAUGUUGGAGCUAAUAAGCUCAAAGUCGGCUGGUGCAGGAUUGGCGAUGUAGAGUCACUGAGCCAAGAUGCCAUUCAUAACUAAGAUAAAAUGGGUUGUGCUUUCGGUAGUCACUUUAUCUGUGGCUUCUAUCAUCAUUCAUCUGUCUUUGACAAAGUUGUGGACUGUUAAUAUAAUGCAAUAUAAAGCACUACCCAAUCUUCCUGAAGGUUUUGCUUCUGUGUUGGGAAGACAGGGUAUAAAGAAUAAGAAGCUAUGGGGUUCCAUAAAAUCCUUGGAAGCAUUGCAGCCUAAUGCCGACGCUAGAAGCAAUUUUUCUGUUCCAAAGGAGCAGAGCAACGGUUUCAUAUACGCAAAAGUUUUUGAUCUCUGAUCUGGUCGCCAUAUCUAGGAUUUUAAACGCUACUCUUGUCAUUCCUGAAAUUCAAGAAAGUACUCGCUCAAAAGGAAUCAGCUCAAAGUUCAAGAGUUUUUCCUAUCUUUAUAAUGAGGAGCAGUUCAUAGCAUAUCUCAAAAAUGAUGUAAUCAUUGCAAAGACCCUGCCAGAAACAAUGAUGGAAAGGAGAAAAAGAAAUGACAUCCCUACAUUUAAGCCCACAAGUUCUUCUUCUCUAAACUUUUACAUCAAAGAAAUUUUGCCAAAGUUAAAGAAAUCAAAGGUUAUUGGUUUAAUUAUUGCCAAUGGUGGAGCUCUGCAGUCAAUACUCCCACCUAGCAUGGCAGAGAUUCAGAGGUUACGAUGCAGGGUUGCUUUCCAUGCUCUUCAAUUUCGUCCAGAAAUUCAAAUGCUUGGCCGUCGGAUGGUUCACAAGUUAAGAGCGUUGGGGCAACCAUUCUUGGCAUUUCAUCCUGGCUUAUUGAGAGAAACCUUGGCAUACAAUGGUUGUGCAGAACUUUUUCAGGAUGUACACACUGAACUCAUUCAACAUCGAAGGGCUCAAAUGAUAAAAGACGGAAUUCUUAAAGACGAAUUGAAUGUGAAUUCACACUUGCAAAGAGAUAAAGGUCUAUGUCCACUGAUGCCUGAAGAGGUUGGCAUUCUCCUUCGAGUAAUGGGCUAUCCUGCCAAAACAAUCAUUUACCUGGCUGGCUCUGAAACUUUUGGAGGUCAACGUGUUUUAAUUCCUUUGCGGUCCAUGUUUAUCAAUACUGUGGAUCGCACGUCCUUAUGCAGUGAAAAAGAGUUGUCUGACUUGGUUGGACCUGAAACACCUCUUCCACUAAAUCGGUUUCAACCACCUCCUGCAAAAAGUGAGGAAGAACUCAAAGAAGAAUGGAAGAGGGCUGGUCCUCGGCCUCGGCCUCUUCCUCCACCUCCAGAUAGACCAAUUUAUCAACAUGAAAAAGAAGGUUGGUAUGCUUGGAUCACUGAGACCCCUACUGAGCCUGAUCCUUCCCCUAUGGAUCUGAGAAUGAAAGCACACAGGUUACUUUGGGAUGCACUUGAUUACAUUGUUUCUUUGGAAGCAGAUGCCUUCUUUCCAGGAUUUAACAAUGAUGGUAGUGGAUGGCCAGAUUUUUCAAGCCUUGUGAUGGGGCAUCGAAUGUAUGAGACUGCUUCUUUUAGAACAUACCGACCAGACAGGAAACUUGUUGCGAAACUUUUCAACAUAACUCGUGAAAAUUUGUACCAUCCUAAACAUAAUUGGACGAUUUCAGUUCAGGAACAUCUUAACAAAAGCUUGACUGAAGAAGGUCUCAUAAGGCAAGCUCUUUUGUCAAAACCAGCAAUGUUUCUUUCACAUCCACUUCCAGAAUGCUCAUGCAAAAUAGCUUCUACCAAGGUUGCUAAUCGUGUCCGAGGUGACGGUGGCCAGGUUCUAUAUGGAGGUGAAGACCUAUGCCCCAAAUGGAUGCAACAUGCCAGUAAGGCAGGUUCCUUGGAGAAAGAGGGGGUUAAAUCCGAAGAUGAAGGGCUGGCAGACUAUGAAAUUAAUGAUUUUGUUGACGAAUCUGAAUCUGACAAAAAUGGUAGCAAAACCAAUCAGACUGCGCUAUGGGAUCAAGAUGAGGAAAUGGAUCCAAAUGACUAAAGUGGAUGUGCAUAUCACUAGGUCUAUAGUUAUGCAGCAUCCAAUUUUUCCAUAAUUUGUGAGAGGCAUAGGUUAUAACAUGUUUCGGCGACGUUCAUGUCUCAUUGCUAUCUUCGCUGAGCAUAUGGGUAUUCAAAUCUAUUCUUUCAUUAAAUUUGGGUUAUUUUUCCAUGGACAAAGGGAACAACAACUCUCUUUUUCUUUUUUCUUUUUCACUUCAUAUACCACUUCCAAUAGAAUUUUUGUUGUAACAUACACAUUACAAAAAGAAAGAAAAAGAUAAGCCGUCGGCUUAAUUGGAGCUCAACAGAUGGAGUUUUGAAGAAGAAUUUUUGUCUAGAGUUUUCGCAUGGUAUAUAUGAUUGUAGGUUAAUUUUUCUGUUUUGUACAAUACUACACAUCUUCCAUUUUCAUAUUUAUGUGCAUGUACAUUGUCGCGGUCAGCGUACCCCGGACAGAUCUUGCUCUUCU